UUUUGCGUGUAGUGAAUCAUAACAAAAGAAGAAAGUCGCAGGAAAAAGCUGGUGAUUGUGUGAAAAUAGUGGAAAAUUUUGGGCUUUUCCGGGGAAAAUUAUGCCCGUUUGAUUGGGACGUGUCGGAGAACCGUGCCGGACGCGACCGUUUCUGCGCGCGUCAAGAUGCAGUUCCAGUUUGUGUGGGCAAUGGCCCAGCUGCUGGUGUUUUGCGCCGGAUCUCGGCCGGACAACAAUUUUGACAUUACGGAUCUGGUGUUUGGGGGCAAGCUGGCGGACACAAUUCCGGCGGCGUACGGGGACUUUAACUCGGACGAGCUGUUUGACGUGUUUGUGCUGCGGGACAAUUUCAAGACGGUGCAGAUUCUGUUUGGCAGUGACGAUAAGCCACUGCUGCAGGAAGGGCCAAAGUGCGAGUUUAAAAAGUUUCACAUCACCGGAGUUGUUCCGGGGGAUUUCGAUGGGGACGCGUACAUGGACGUGAUGUUUACGGUGCGUCGCGAAGGGGAAAAGGACGAACAGGGAGUUUAUAUCAACUGGGGCGGCUCGGAGUACAUGAAUUGCACCAAAGAGGACGAAGAACCGUUAAUUGUGAUGCGAGGCCAGCCGCUGGCGCUGGAUUACGAUAAGGACUUUAUCAUCGAUCUGUUUGGGAUGGACGCGCACGGUGAGCGACGGUUCUGGAUCUUCAAGAAGCCCCAGGACGGUCACCGGAAACCUCCGGAUGCAAUCGGAAUGAAAAAGGCCAAGGGAGGAGAGCUGCGAGUUCCGCACUCCCACGCCAUCAUUGAUCUGAACAAGGAUUUCACCGCGGACCUGGUGCUGGCCACGAUGGGUGGCUUCGAGAUCUGGCACGGCACCGAAGACGAAGAAGCGUUCGUCUACAGCCACGAAAUCCCACUCAUCGUCGGCAACUACGACGCCCACAUCGGUCAGGCCAUCUUCCUCGACGUUGAACUCGACGGAAGUCUCCUAAUGGUGGUCCCUCUCUGCUUCGAUGCCAAAUGCCACAACUCAACCAUCUUUGUGCACCACGGAAAUCACUUCCAUGACCUGCACAUCGACUUCAAAGACGACCACAACGACGUCUGGGGCUUCGUAACGCCGGAACACGACAACUGGGCCAACCAGGUCAUCUCCCUGCGCGGCGGAGACUUCAACCUGGACGGUUACCCCGACCUUCUAGCAACCCUCUCAAAAACCCCCGGCCAAACCCAAACCUUCCUCCUGGAAAACGUCCCCUGCGAGAAACUAGCCUGCACUCACAUGAAGCGAACCUUCGCCAUCCGCUGGAAGGCCCUGGCGCCCUUUGCCAACGGCACCCUGAUGGGGUCGUUUUACGAUUUUUACAACGACGGCGUGUUGGACGUGAUUUUGGUGGAAAAGACGGCCAACAGUACGCGACCGGUGGCGUUCCGGAACUCGCUCGAUUACGACGCGAACUUUGUGAAGGUGAUUGUGCUGACUGGGCUGUCCAACAGGACCGGGCCGAAGAAGCGAACGCCGCUCGGGAGGAAGAAGAGAACGUACGGAACCAACCUGCCCGGUCCUCGCAUCGAGUACAACACCACCACCCAGGACGGCGACCCGCAGCACGGCGCCUCCGCCCAGCUCCCCCAGUCCGCUUACUUCUCGCUCCAUCUCCCGUACACCACCUUCGGCCUGGGUCGCACGCCCAACUUUGUCGACUCGCUCACCGUCGGCCUGUCGAACCACUCGCGCACCUGGACCCAACUCAUCCCCAACUCCCAGAUGAUCGUCGUUCCGCGUCCGAUCGACCAGACGGAAAAGUGGAAGGCGCAACUGUUCGUGACGCCGAGCAAGCUGAUCCUGAUGAGUGUGGUGGCGCUCGGGGGGAUCUGUUUGGUGAUUCUGUUGCUGAUUUUGAUCCUGUACGCGAAGGAAAAGCGCGAGGAUCGCAUCCAGAGAUCGCUGGAGGCACAUCGGUUCCACUUUGAUGCGAUGUAGAGGGGAGUUUCGAAGCAGGUGGAGACGAAGACGGGGUAAAUAUUCUGCGAUAUUUCUCUUUAUUUAUAGUUGAUUCUAUUCUUUAUAUAUACGUGUGUGUGCUUUAGCUUCCUUCUUUUUGGAAUAAUUUAUUAUUGUUUUUUUAAUCGAUAAUAUUCGAAUAGUGUACUGACCGAGCGCGACAAGUUUCAUUUCAUUCUCAAAAUCUACUGAUAAUAACCAGAAAAUAAUAAAAUAAACGAAAAAGACACAGUUCACAAUGUUCCAGGAAA